GUCUGUUCCGUUAUCACAGUGAAAUAGUGACGGGAAAACCAGACUAGAGAGCAGAACUUUACUGGAGGGAGAAUUUGGGCUUAAUGUUUGUGGUGACAAAGACUGGGUUAAUUUGCUUCUGGAGAAUACGUGUGAUGGCAGCGAGGAGACCUUAGGAAGGAUCUGAAGGCCUCCAGCCUACAUCUCUGUUCUUGUACCGCUCAGAGAUAACCUGAAGCCGACAGCCCAACUCUGUAAACUUCAGCUUGAUUAUAAAUUCCAAGUUUGCCGUAUGUGUCAUUGGCUCAGCAGAUGGCACCACCAAGUCCAAGCAACAGCACCCCUAACAGCAGCAGUGGGAGUAACGGGAAUGACCAGCUGAGCAAAACCAACCUGUACAUCCGAGGAUUGCAACCAGGCACUACUGACCAGGACCUUGUCAAGCUUUGUCAGCCAUAUGGCAAGAUUGUCUCCACUAAGGCCAUCCUGGACAAAACCACAAACAAGUGCAAAGGCUAUGGCUUUGUGGAUUUUGACAGUCCUUCAGCAGCACAGAAGGCUGUAACUGCAUUGAAAGCCAGUGGUGUGCAGGCACAGAUGGCAAAGCAACAGGAACAAGAUCCUACAAAUUUAUACAUCUCAAACCUCCCUCUGUCAAUGGAUGAACAAGAACUGGAGGGGAUGCUGAAGCCCUUUGGCCAGGUUAUCUCCACCAGAAUCCUCCGAGACACCAGUGGGGCUAGCAGAGGGGUUGGCUUUGCAAGGAUGGAGUCCACAGAGAAGUGUGAAGCCAUCAUCACCCACUUUAAUGGGAAAUAUAUUAAGACACCCCCUGGAGUACCAGCACCAUCUGAUCCUUUGCUUUGCAAAUUUGCUGAUGGUGGUCCAAAGAAACGGCAGAACCAAGGAAAAUCUGUGCAAAAUGGACGGGCCUGGCCAAGGAAUGGGGACAUGGGUGGUAUGGCCUUGACCUAUGACCCUGCCACAGCUCUUCAGAAUGGAUUUUAUCCAGCUCCUUACAUUGCUCCCAGCAGGAUGCUUACUCAGUCCGCACUCUCCCCAUAUCUUCCAUCUCCUGUGUCUUCGUAUCAGAGAGUGACUCAGACAUCUCCUCUACAAGUACCCAACCACCCAUCUUGGAUGCACCACCAGUCAUACCUCAUGCAGCCUUCAGGCUCAGUUCUAACACCAGGGAUGGAUCACCCCCUUCCUCUCCAGGCUGCUUCCAUGAUGGGACCUCUUACUCAGCAACUGGGUCACCUCUCGCUCAGCAGCACUGGCACGUACAUGCCCACAGCUGCUGCCAUGCAAGGAGCUUUCAUCUCCCAGUACCCUCCUGUGCCUUCUUCCAAUGUUUCAGUCGAGGAGAGCAGUGGCCAGCAGAAUCAAGUGGCAGUAGAGACACCCUCGGACCACGGGGUCUUUCCUUUCCAGUUCAGCAAGUAACAGGCCCCAUCUUCUAGACUCCAGAAGGUUCGACAAGUUACACACCAUCUGUAGACUAUGCAAAGCACUAAUAUGUGGGCAUCAUCUUUUCAUAGGCCUGGGCCUGGGAAAAGAAACCUCUGCACUCCUGCCUCGGGCUGUCCAUUGCUGAUGGAGCCUGGGGAGCCGUAUUGCUUUUUGUAUGUGCUGCAUUCAAGGAGAUCAAAAAAAUUUUUUUUCUAUUACAAAGAAA